CGGGAAGGGGGUGUCUACGCCGUCAGCCUGACUUAUAGCUGGGGAGCCCAGUAGAGGUGAGGUUAGGUGAUAGUCCCCAGCCAGGAGAAGCCUGAGAGCAGGGUUCCCGACCCUUGAUCUCCACAGGCUGACCCAGAACCCAACACAGCGGCUGGGAGGCAGGAUGGAGACGCCAGGGCCCGCUCUCAGCCUAAUGGCACGAAGCCUCCGAGGCCGGCAGGGGCAGCACAGGGGCAGGGCCCAAGGGAGUGUUGUGUCCGCCCCGCAGACCGGUUCUUCCUGGGUGGGGGCCUCGCUCCGCCUCACGGCGGCCGCACCCUCCGAGCCUGCCCCGCUUCUCGCCUCCGUCAUGGCCGCGCGGCUGCUGGAGGACAAGCUGACCUGCGCCAUCUGCCUGGGGCUGUACCGGGACCCGGCUACGCUGCCCUGCGGCCACAACUUCUGCGCGGCCUGUAUCCGGGACUGGUGGGACAGAUGCGGGAAGGCGUGCCCGGAGUGCCGCGAGCCCUUCCCCGACGGCGCCGAGCUGCGCCGCAACGUAGCCCUCAGCGGCGUGCUGGAGGUGGUGCGCGCCGGACCCGCCACGGACCCCGGCCCGGGCCCUGACCCCGACCUCGACCCCGACCCCAGCGCACGCUGCCCGCGCCACGGGAGGCCGCUCGACCUCUUCUGCCGGACCGAGGGCCGCUGCGUGUGCAGCGCGUGCACCGUGCACGAGUGUCGCCUCCAUGAGCGGGCGCUGCUGGACGCCGUGCGCCUCGAGCGCGAGGCCCAGCUGAGAACCAGGCUGGAAGUGACACAGCAGCAGACCACCCAGGCACAGGCCCAGCUUCAGGAGGUACAGGAGCGAAGCAGCCAGAUCCAGAGCUUGGCCUGCUCCCUGGCCUCCUCAGUCUCCAGCAAGUUCACCAGCCUGCAGCAGGCCCUGGAGAUACGGCGGGCUGCAGUGCUCAGGGACAUUGAGGUGGCCAAGACACAAGUGCUGGCACAGGCGCGGGAUGAGGAGCAGCAGCUGCAGGGCCACUUGGAGGCCCUGGCUCGCCAUGGCCACAGAAUCCGGGAGCUCCUGGAGCAGGAGGAUGACAGGACCUUCCUGCAGGAAUCACAGCUCCUAGAGCCCCCAGGGCCACUUGAGCCACCGACCCCUCUGCAGUGGGACGAAGACCAACAGCUGGGUGAUCUGAAGGAGUUGCUGAGCCAUCUGUGCAGCCUCCUCCUGGAAGAGGGGGGCCACCCUGAGGCCCCAACCAAGGCUGCGGACUUGGGCCCCAGGGAAGCCCCAGGGCCCCUGGCACUGGUACCAAGCACAGUGUGUCCACUGAGGAGGAAACUCUGGCAGAAUUAUCGCAAUCUCACCUUUGACCCAGACAGCGCCAACCGCCACUUGUACCUAUCCUGCCAGUACCGGCAGGUGAAGCACCGUCGCCAGCCUCACGGCCAGGCCAGGCCAGGCAGCUUCGAGCUCUGGCAGGUGCAGUGUACCCAGAGUUUCCAGGUUGGGCGGCACUACUGGGAGGUGCGCGCCUCAGACCACUCAGUGACACUGGGUGUCGCCUACCCGCACCUGAGACGCUGCAAGCUGGGGCCCCACACAGACAACAUCGGCCGUGGGCCCGCCUCCUGGGGGCUCUGUGUCAAGGAGGACAGCAUCCAGGCCUGGCAUAAUGGGAAAGUCCAGCGCCUUCCAGGGGGGUCAGGGCUACUCCUAGGUGUAGAUUUGGACCUGGGCUUGGGCUGCCUCACCUUCUACAGCCUGGAGCCCCAGGCCCAACCCCUGUACACCUUCCAUGCCCUCUUUACCCACCCCCUUAUCCCUGUCUUCUGGCUCCUCGAGGGUAGGACCCUCACCCUGUGCCAUCGGCCUGGGGCCACACUCCCACCGGGGCCCCAGAAAGAGGCCUCAGUGCUCAGCUGACGAAGGCAUGGGCUGAAGCUCUGGUUUAGGGGCUGGAAUUUAUUGCCACCAUGCCUGUAUGCCCAAAAGCUGCUCAGCCCCGACCUGAGGAUCAGAGGUCCAGAGGCCACAGCUCUAACAGGACCAGUUGUUGGCCUCUGUUGACUGAGAGAAAGGUAGUGGAUUGCCCCAAAAUGGAGUUGAGCAGAAACCCAGAGUUUACCUUCCCAGCUGCUUUGCAGGGAACAGGGCCUAGAAGAACAGGAAGCCCCCCCUCCAAUGCUCAGUUCCAUGCAUUGCCUGGGCCUUGGAAGCUGGAGCAACUCACACGGGACUUCUGGCUUACAGAACAGACUGUGGGAUGGUAAACACCUGUCAGCCUGAACUUGCCUCCUAGGGAGAUGACAGGGACCAAUGGAGCAGUCAGUGGGGGUGGGGGAGGUGACCAAGAAGGAUCCCGAGAGACAAUGAUGUUAAAUAGACUUUUAUCUUUCUGCCUCUCUCUUUGUAACCUUUUGGUGUACUUUAGUCCAGUCUUCUCUUUUAUUUUGUGCAUUCUUGUAGUUGUAUUCUAUAAACAGUUUUGUUUUCUGCAUUUAAAAAAUUGUAUUUUUUGAAAAAUUUCUUUACAAAUAGUUUCACAGUAUUGCCCA